CCUAUGUCAUUCGUUACACCCAAUAGCGUGCGUGUGUGUGUGUGUGUGUGUGCACACACACAGCCAGGGCUGUGACAGUUAGGGCUCUGCUGGGCAUCAGCUCCUGCUAUGAGCGUGAAGUAUUCCCACCUCCCACCUCCAGUUUCUUUCCUCUUCUCCUUGGUGCCCCAUGACUGGUGGGAGGGUAAGGUAACCAGCCCCCCUGGGAAGCCCCGCCCUGGAGCCAUGGCAGCCACAGAGUACCCGGGUGUCCAGCUGCCUGGCUGCUGGGACCACUGACUCAGGCCAGAAAGGAAGCCUCCUGCAUACCUCCUCAGAUAGAGGGCAGGGGCCCUGGGGGAGGCACCUAUACCUUGGGGAUCCCCUAUAUCCACCCCGCCUGUCACUUCCCCUUCUCCUGAGACUUGCCCUGGGAGGAAGCUGGGGCUCCUGGGGGGGUCUCCCCCCCAGAUCUGUCCCCAUACAUUCUCACCGGCCGCCCCUGGGAGUCAGGGGGGCGGCCGGGGACCACCCCAAACCUGGCAGUGCCAGGAUGUUGUCCCCGAUGCUGGGUCCUCACCAGCACCCCCAACCCAGGGCCCAACCGGCCUAAGUGCCACUAGCCGGAUGCCGGCGCCCCCUGGGCCCGAGGCGAGCGGCUGGCCCGGCCUCCUCAUGUCCUGCCUGAAGGGCCCACAGGUCAUCCUCAAGAUGGAGACCAUGAAGAUUGUCCACCCUGAGAAGUUUCCAGAGCUCCAGGCGGGUACCCCCCGCUAUACACCCACCCCCAGGCCUCCUCCUGCCCUGGCCCCCAAGAGGGCCUGGCCAUCUGACACCGAGAUCAUUGUUAAUCAGGCCUGCAGUGGGGAUGUGCCUGCCCUGGAAGGGGUACCUCGCACACCACCUCCGCCCAGGAGGCCCCGAAAGAGCAGUGCUGAGCUGGGCUUCCCCCGUGUAGCUCCUGGUGAUGAGGUCAUUGUGAACCAAUAUGUGCUACGGCCUGGCCCAGCUGGGGAGCCGCUGGAGUGCCCAACCUGUGGGCACACAUAUAACCUGACCCAGCGGCGUCCACGUGUGCUCUCCUGUCUGCAUUCUGUGUGCGAGCAGUGUCUGCAAAUCCUUUAUGAGUCCUGCCCCAAGUACAAAUUCAUCUCUUGCCCUACUUGCCGCAGGGAGACUGUGCUCUUCACUGACUAUGGGCUGGCUGCCCUGGCUGUCAAUACAUCCAUCUUGAGUCGCCUGCCACCGGAGGCACUGACCGCCCCACCUGGCCAGUGGGGUGGUGAGUCUGAGGGCAGCUGCUACCAGACCUUCCGCCAGUACUGUGGGGCUGCCUGUACCUGCCACGUCCGGAACCCACUGUCCUCCUGUGCUAUCAUGUAGUGCUCUCUCCCGUCCCUAUCCCUGCUAUCUCCUCAUCCUCCAUUCUAGGACUUCUGCUUCCUUUGGUCCCCCCAAAUGCCAGGCACAGACUGAUGCCAGCCUUCUGGAACACCCCAGAGGAUUCAACAGAAAAGGACUGCAACCUAGAUGUUCGUCUCCAUGUCCUGGGAUCCUCACUUCCUCCGAUCUCCCUGGGUGUUUGCUUACUCUCUGAAGCUGCUUCUCCUGGAAGUGGGGCCAUGCUAGCCCCUAGGAAGAAGGCUUUUUUGCCCCUGCCCUGCUGCUUCCCAUUCCUCACCCCUCCAAGGAGGGGUCUUUGCAGCCAGUUUUGCCAUUAAAACUCUUUGCCAAAGUUGCCAUUUCAAUUGCUAAUUGGAACCAUGUCUGACAGCACAACCCUCCUCCCCAGGCAGACUUAAACCUCAGCACCAGUCCCCCGUCUCCCUCCUCCCUUACAGCAGAGUAGUCAUGGGAGAGAGGCCCAUGAGGCCCACUCCAGAGCCCCUUCAACCUAACAGGUCUGCAUCCUCCCCAGGAACCCUUCUGCCCAGAGCUGGGUCCCAGGUUCUCCCUUCCAGCAAUGAAGACAUGGCCCCUGGAGUCUCAGGUCAGCAUGCAGCUAGGCUCCGUUUGUGUGCUAUGCCAAGUUGGGCCAUGUGUGUGAGCCUGGGAAACAUGGACAGCUGGGUCCAGAGGCCGCUCAGUUCAUUUACAUGUCUAGGGUGGUUCCAUCAGCCAAGGAUUCCCCAGCAGGAAGGGCCUACAGCAACCCAUCCCUCUCCUACUUGGGUGACCCUUCGUGGAAUUCUGGUCCUCUACCGAUGCUGUGCUUGAACCCAGGGACCUACUGAUCUCUUCUUUCCCCUGGGUCAUGUGUAGUAAACCUUUUUAUCUUGGUUCAACCCAGACAGUGUCAGGGGCAAAAAUAAGGACAAUAACUACUACUAAGGACAGUUCAUAUUUCUAUAGCACUUUACCGUUUACAAAGCGUUUUCCUCACAACAAGCUUGUGAGGUAGGCAAUGCAAGUAUUAUCCCCAUUUUACAGAUGAGGAAACAGGCUCAGAGGUAACAUGACUUUUGCCCAAGGGACUCGAACCCCAAUUGUCGAAUUCUAAGUCUAGCGCUCCUUCUACCACCCUUUACUGUUCCCCGGGAGCAGGUGAUCUGUAACUUAUUCUAUAUAAGCUGCUCUGGGGCCCAAUACUUGCUCUGAUCAGGAAUGCGUGCUCUGCAAACUCAUCUGCUUCUCUGCUAUUGUGUUUCUUUCCUUCUUCUGCCCCAGAGUUUCCUAGUAAAGACUCCUUUUGAAAAAUG